UUAAAUUCGGUAUUUUGUCCGGUAAAUUAAGCGCCACCCGGCCGUACAUGGGAAAGCCGGAAAAAGGGGAGCGAGUUCGACGAUUUUGUCGAUGCUGAAGCUGAAGGAUUGAUAGCUGAGGAUAGAGAAGUGUUUUUUUGCCGGGAAAUUUCUGCGCGCCAUCAUGACGGACUCCAACCCUCCAUCUGGGAAUCCUUCUUCUUCUCAACCUAAAACUAUGAAUGAAAUCAGUAGCGCUGGCCCCAAGGCCGAAUCCACAGGCCAAAGAGUCCGGUUUCCGAACCCACCGGAGAUCCACAAUCCCGACCCUGCUACGCUUCGAGAUCAAUGGAGGUUUGCCAUUAGACAGUACAGUAAAUGGUACUCACACGCUUGGGGGACUGCUAUACUUGCUGGGAUCUCCUUCUUCGCUCUUGGUUGGGUUAUUAAGGGUUCCAAUCCUCUGCCCUCUCGCCAGGACGAUUCGAAUUCGCCUGCCUCCUCCGCUUCCAAUACUGCACGUGAAGCUCGUCCUUGACCUUUUGCCUUUGGAUUUAGGCAAGGCUGCUGGGCAUCAUUUCAAUCUCAAGUUUUUCUACUCAGGACUUGAUACAACUGACUAAGAACUUAAAGACCUCAAUAGCUAAGGUUUCUAAAAUGGAGUUGUUCUCCUGUUCAGCAAAAUCAGCAGCAACUUCGAUUGUUGCACACGGAAGGUGACGAAGGCCUGCCUUGUUGUGAAUGCGCAUCAUCACAGUAGUGCAAUUACACAGUUGUUGGUAAUCUUCAUUAGCAAGCAACAUAGGCUCACUCAGAGCGUAGCUACCUGGGAUGCCAACCGGUGGCAAAUGAUAGAUUUUUAGCCUUUGAAAUUUAAAAGGUUUCAAUUUACUGGUUUGAGAUGGGAUAAUAGGGAAGUAAGUAGUCGGUUCAUUCAUUCACUCACUUGGUUAUGUAGUUUUCUAGUUUCACCUCAACUUUAGCUACACUUGGUAGCAUUAAGCGAACCUUGAGCCAGUAGAGGUAGAGGUUCAAUCACUUGAUUUUUUUCGUUUUCAAAUCUCUCCUUGGUGCUGUCAGGGGCAUAGGAUAUUAGCUGGAUAUUUCUUUAGUUAUCACUUGUAACACCUGCUCA